UUUCAUGGAAAGUGCCGUUUUACGGCUUUGCUGUGCUGGUGUUCGGUGAAUUUCCUAAAUAACAUUUUAAUCAUACGUUGUUUUUUCCAGUUUCUCUAGUGGAAUUGUAAAUGUCUAUUGAUUUUCUUAUAAAUGUGCUCUCUUGGUUUUAUAGACUUAAAUAAGACAAAAAACACCUGUAUGUCGAUGAAGAUUUAAGACUUUUGACAGCUGCAGAGACGAUUGUUUUGUUUAGUUGUCAUGUAUAAUCUGAUUAGCUCCUGAUUGUGUUAUGAAUUUCAUAUAGGUAACUUUCUAGUUGUCAUGUAAUCUUUCUUUUAAGUAUGGUAAUUCCUUUUUAGUUUUGUUAAUGUGAACCUCCAAUAAUGGCUAAGCAAGGACUUGUUAAACAGCACAAGGUAAUCUCAUCAGGAAGGCUGAUCGGCUCUGGCAGAGGAACAGCAGGAAAAAAGAAGGUGCAAGGUAGAUGCCCAGUCCCUGUGGAUCCCUGUUAUUCUCUUUAUUCCACAGACUCUGAGGAUCAGGUUACAACCAUACACAAAGGACUAGAUCGAUGUGCUGCUUUGCUAAAUGGAAUUCUUAAGACUGAAAAAACAGAGGCCAAGUCAUCUCGCUCCAAACCUGAAAGACCGGCCCCCUCAAAAGCCAAAUCAAAAUUAGCUCCUGGAAAAGGUGAGGUUGUGAGGAAGAAGCCCCUGAGGCGGAUUUGCUCGAUCGCCCCCUCAGAUACGAGAUCAGCUGUCCAAAAGAAGAUUCUGUCCUCGCAGGCAUUCCCUGCAGUGCAAGAGCAGCACUGUGUUCACGCACUUGAGACUCCCUUUGGGCGGCCAGUGCCAGCGCCCGGGGCCAAGCCCUCCUCAGGGUCCAGGCCAGGCGCGGGUCAUCAGGCACACAUCCAGAGCAGCCCCCCAAUCACAGAGCUGAAGAAUCCUCCUCUUUUUAACUGUUGGUUGACAACCUCCACACCAGCCUCGAGUGCCGACGGGGCCAAUAAUUCAGUGCCCAGUGAACCUUGCGUGUUGAAUUCUGCACUCUGCCAAAGGUGCUCCAGCAGAGAGGACUACACACCCCUCAAAUCCGAUCGUCUUGCCUGUUCUGGCCCAGCGGCCGUUGGGUCCUUGUGUGAGGAGCCCAUGUGGGGCACUAGGCUGACUCCGCAGAGCCCUGUGCCUGACAGCCAGGGGUCAGCACUCCGGUGGCCAGAGGGUCCAGCUUCUUUACGAGCGCUGUGUGAUCCUGUGCAGCUGCAGCGAAGUGUGCCCGAUAUGGGGGCACAUGGCGGGGGUGAACUCCAGCCGGCUGCAUCGGGGGAAACUUCGGAGUAUAGCGAGGGCAGCUCAACGGAAGAUGACGAGCUGGACUGUGUGGACGUCACACCUGUCAGGGACAUGGGAUGCCAGAGUGGCCUUGAGAAGCAUCAACCGCCCCCCCAGGAAAAAUCUCUGAGCCCCGAGAAGACUGCCAAGAAGGUCCUGACUGUCAGAGGCCUCCUUGGGGAGCUGAAGGCCCUGGUGGUUAGUAAAGCUGACUGUGAGGCUCUUCGUUUAAUCGCCGAGGUCGAGCAGAGCAUCAACCUCCUCCCCUCCUUGGUGGCCGGUUCCAACAUCCAGGCGGAGAUUGCGCUCGCUGUCCAGCCACUGAGAAACGAGAAUGUACAGUUACGAAGGCGUUUGAGAAUAGUCAACCAACAGUUGAUGGAACGUGAAAGAAUGGAGAGAGAGGCCAGACCAGCAGAUUGCAACUUUGAAUUAAUCUCCCUGCAGUCCGUGAACCUGUCACUGCAGAGUCAGCUCAAGGAAGCUCAGAGAGACAUAGAAGCUCUUCAGAAGAGGAACAAAGACCUACAGCAGGAGAAUGGCAAACUAUGGAAAGAUGCAGAGGACAAACAGAGGGAGCUACAUGAGAGCAGGCAGCAGUGUGAGCUGGACAUUAUUCGUAUAAAAAUGGAUGUGGAUGCCGCUCUCUCAGAGAUGAAAAGCUACCAGUUCAAACUCCAGGAGUCACAAGAGGAGAACAACCUACUGAAGUUGCACCUCCAGCAGAAGGAGGCAGAGAUCAACAGGUUGAAAGAGCUGACUAGGCAUCUUCCUGAUAACCAAUCCGGUCUCUCAGAGUUUCAUCGGGAAAAUUAUGCAUUCAAUCCAACUUCACACCUGAGUAAAACCGUUUUGGACUUGUUUGAAGAUAAGCAGAAGGUGGCCUGCCUGUUAGACCCUGCUUCUGAUCCGGUACACGUGUACCUGAAGACUUUGGAUACAAGCGGCCAGGUGCCUUUGGAUCAUGGGUACUCUUCUGACAAACCCUCUACUCGCUCUGAGUGGGACAGCAGAGGAACAGUCAAGCUGCCAGAAGGUGACCACCCACCAAAGCACAGAGGAAUAGGCGCCACUGAGAAUAAGCUUUUUAAUUUCACCCUAUGCAAGGUUCCAGAGUUAGAGAAGACCUCCUACAUCCCAUUGAAGGAAACCAAAAAAGUACAACAGUCAGUAAGUCCACCAAAGUUGUUGGAAAGUAAAAACACAAUGCUAAAUGGGCAAGAGCCAAAGAUCUCAUCACACUCCUUGGAAAAAUUGCACCUUUACAAGAAUCAUUUAUCUGGCAGGGCUGCCUUAGAUGAUGCUGAUUGUGACUUCCCUAUAACGAACUUGGCUGUGACUCAUCCUUCUCGUUCUAAAAACGUCACACCGUUGAGCGAACAGCAGCACCUUGUUCCUCCCAAGAACGUCAGUGUGUCCACCCUGGAUUCUACCACCCUGUCCUACGAAGACAAAUCCAUGGUUUCUAACUGCAGCUCCAGCUCCUGGACCACAUUCAACACCCAGGAUGAGUUGGACUUCAGGAGCGGGCUUCGGAUCCCUGCAGCACUGCAUCGGAUAAACAGGUACAGGAAAUUGAUGGAUGGGUGAUUUACAAGAUUCUUCUCAGAUUUUAUAAAAUGUGAGAUUCUUAAGUUUACUCUUAAAUAAUAUACAUGCCUUGGUUACUGUUUUUAAGGCAUUAAUUCCUGACUUCUCUCCCAUUAGUCCCGAAUUUUGGUCUUGAUUUUCAAUUGCAGGUGUAUGUGGGCCAUAUGGAUGUCAGUGAUUUGCAUGAUCAUUUGCAAAGAUGCUUCUGUGCUCACUAACAUUAUAUUUUUUCAAAGUGUCUGGGAAUUCAGUUAAGUUCUUGGAGGGAGGGAGAUAACUCUCUUGGGGUAGAUUUAAAUAUCUAAAAGAGCAUAAAUCUUAGGGCAUGGUCAGUCUACAUGGAGUACCUGUAAAAGUGACAUUCCCUGGAGUGAUUCAAUGUAGUGCUAUAUUACAUUUUAGCUCUAGGGGGCAGUAAUAUUGAAUUUUAAUGAAAAUUGUCGUUUAGGCCUUUUAGAUCUCAGAGUACUGAAAAUCAGAACGACCAAUAGAUUAUACUUAAGCUGACCAGAUAAUCCAUAUCUGGGAGGACACUUUGAGCUACUACAGGUUUAAUAACUACUUUAAAACUGAAAGGCUUCUGUGCUCAGUUCUGCUUGUGCUUUGGCUUGUUUCUUUGCUUGAAAGACCCAUCCAGGUGUUUCACACUAACAUUAGUGACACAUGCAUGGUUCUGGAAGACUGACCAACCAGCACACUGAAAAAAUUCUACGCUUAAGUCAAAUCCAGGUUCUUCUAAUUGAAAUGGUAGUUUACAAAUUCUGUCUUAACUCAAUCCGUGUUACGGAGGUCACUAAUGCCGCCUCUGAGCCAUUCCAAGAUAAUUAACAUGCUUGUUGUCUUUGAUGAAUUCGGCAGGAGGGGGUGAGGAAGCAAACUCAGCAACCCUGCUUCCAGCACUAUUGCCGAUGAAUUGGGUUUUGCAAACACUAAGGGCACAAUGAACAAUAAGUUACAUCAGUUAGAAACUGACGUGCGUUUAUAUGUGUUCUCCAGGCAUUAAGAUCUGAGGUGAACAUGUUUCACAGUGCUGACAAUUCUAAAUCAUUAACACCUGUCUAAAUCUAUCCUGUAAUGUCCCUGUGUGACCAGCAGGUGUUGCUGGCCAUCCUCUUCCCCCUCUCUGUCUUCUAGCCUUUCAGCCCUAGUGUGUUCUCCUUACUCUCCAGAUCCCUACAUAGUUCAGUAGGUUGUUCAGAGACUGUUAACCCUCUGGUUAUGGGGUUGAGGCUGGCCUGCUACAUCCGUUUAUUAGCAUUUAUUGGUUUUUAGUUUUCCCCCAUGUUUCCUAUGUUCUGUUUUGGUUUCCGGGUCUUUGGUUUGCUCUGCAUGUGUCCAGUUCACUUGUGGUCCUGUUUGUAUUUUAGUUCCUUGAUAAUUAUUCCUAGGGCAGUAAUUCCCAGUGUGUGAUUGGUGUUCUCUGUUUCAGUGAUUGUUAGAGUUCCCUAAUCAUGUGCUCAUAGUUGUAUGUUCCUCCACCUGCUGCCUGUUUCCAUCUACCAUGCUGAUUGGUUAAUUGUCUCAUGUGCCCCAUCUGCCCCCUCGUUAGUUCCGGUUAUCUGUUUGCAUUUAAGUGCUGGCUUCUACUCUGUUCUGUAUUUAGUCAGUGUGUGCAUGCUCCCUUGUCUAUGUUACUCUGCUUAUUUUCCCUAAUUGUGUUACUGUAAAUUAUGGUUUCCUUAGUUUGUUAAUACUUGUUUUAUUUUGACCUCUCCCAGUGAUUUUGUGAUUUCUCCUUUUGGUGUUCAGUUUGUGUUUAUU